GGGGCAGCCCCUUGUUUACCGGCCAGGCAGGCAGCGGCGAGCCCGGCCUGACGCAGCGGAGCGAGCCCGGCCGGGAGCCGCGGGCUGCGAGCGGCCGCCGAGAGGGCCGGGACCGCGCCGGAGCCGGAGCCGGAGCCGGCGGGAAGGGGCCUGGCUCCCGCCUCUGGGCCGGCGGCCGGGCGCUACCAGCGGGCGGCGGCGGCGCCGGGCUCUCGGCGAAGAUGCGGGUCCGGGCUCGGCCCCGGCGCCAGCCCCGCGGUCUCUGAGCCGCGGCCGGGAGGAGGCGGCGGCGGCGGCCGGGAGGGGGCGGCGGCUCCGGGCCAUGGCGCGGAGGGCGGCGGCGGCGGCGCUGGCGCUGGCGGCGCUGCUGGGGGCCUGCUGCGGCCCGAGCCGGGGGGAGAUUUGCGGGAGCAUGGACAUUCGGAAUAACCUGACCCGGUUGAAUAUGCUUGAGAAUUGCACUGUGAUAGAGGGCCACUUGCAAAUCUUGCUGAUGUUUAAAACCAAGCCUGAAGAUUUCCGUGAGCUCAGCUUUCCCAAACUGACUAUGAUUACGGACUACUUACUGCUUUUUCGGGUAUAUGGCUUAGAGAGUUUAAAGGGGCUUUUUCCCAACCUCACUGUGAUUCGAGGAACUCAUCUCUUCUUUAACUAUGCUCUGGUCAUUUUUGAGAUGGUUCACUUGAAAGAGAUUGGCCUUUAUAACCUGAUGAACAUUACUCGAGGUUCAGUGCGGAUCGAGAAGAACAAUGAACUGUGUUACUUGUCCACAAUCGACUGGUCUAGGAUUUUAGACUCUGUGGAAGACAAUUACAUUGUUGCCAACAAGGAUGACACAGAAGAGUGUGGAGAUGUGUGUCCAGGAACUGUGAAAGGAAAAAGCAACUGCCCACCUACUGUAAUAAAUGGCAUUUUCAUUGAACGCUGCUGGACCCACGAUCACUGUCAAAGAGUUUGUCCACCUGCUUGUAAGUCACAAGGCUGCACCCCUGAUGGUCAGUGCUGUCACAGCGAAUGCCUGGGCAACUGCUCGGAGCCCAACAAUCCUGAGAAGUGUGUGGCUUGCCGUAACUUUUACCUUAAUGGCAAGUGUGUGGAGACCUGCCCAGCCAAGUACUAUCGCUUCGAGGGAUGGCGUUGCGUGACCUUCAGCUUCUGCCAGGAGCUGCACAACAAGUGCAAAAAUGCCAGGGAAUCAGGGUGCCAUGUUAUUCACAACAAUGAGUGUGUUCAUGAGUGCCCAUCGGGAUACAUCAUGAACUCCAGCAACCUGCACUGUUCUCCAUGUGCGGGGCCCUGUCCGAAGGUUUGUGACUACGGCAAAGAGAAGAUAAUUGAUUCAGUGACAUCUGCACAGGAGCUUCGUGGCUGCACCAUCAUUAAUGGAAGUUUAGUCAUAAACAUCCGUGGAGGAAAUAACAUAGCAGCUGAGCUUGAAGCGAAUCUUGGCUUGAUUGAAGAAAUCUCAGGUUAUCUAAAAAUUCGCCGCUCCUAUGCCUUGGUUUCUCUUUCUUUUUUUCGUAAGCUACAUCUGAUUAAAGGGGAGACGUUAGAAGCUGGGAAUUACUCCUUCUAUGCCCUCGACAAUCAGAACCUGCGCCAGCUCUGGGACUGGAGCAAACACAACCUCAGCAUAGCACGGGGGAAGCUCUUCUUUCAUUAUAACCCCAAACUGUGCUUGUCAGAAAUCCACAAGAUGGAGGAGAUCUCUGGGACUAAGGGACGUCAGGAGAGGAAUGACAUAGCCCUGAAGACAAAUGGCGACCAAGCCUCUUGUGAAAAUGAAUUGCUGAAGUUUUCGUUUAUCAGAACAUCUCAUGAUAAGAUCCUACUAAAGUGGGAGCCAUACUGGCCACCUGACUUCCGUGAUCUCCUAGGAUUUAUGCUAUUUUACAAGGAAGCUCCAUACCAGAAUGUGACGGAGUUUGAUGGACAAGAUGCCUGUGGAUCAAAUAGUUGGACAGUGGUUGAUGUUGACCCUCCCCCACGGUCAAAUGAGCCUAAAGCGCAGGCCCAGCCAGGGUGGCUCCUGCGGGGGUUGAAGCCAUGGACUCAAUAUGCUGUGUUCGUUAAGACACUGGUCACCUUCUCGGACGAACGAAGGACAUAUGGCGCAAAGAGCGAAAUUAUCUACGUCCAGACCAAUGCUACUGUUCCCUCAGUCCCAUUAGAUCCAAUAUCGGUUUCCAACUCUUCAUCCCAGAUCAUUCUGAAGUGGAAGCCGCCCUCUGAGCCAAAUGGGAACAUCACACACUACCUGGUGUUCUGGCAGCAGCAGCUGGAGGACAGCGAGCUUUUUGAACUCGACUACUGCCUGAAGGGACUAAAAUUGCCGUCGAGGACUUGGUCUCCUCCUUUUGAAUCUGAAGACCCUCAUAAAUAUAAUCAAAGUGAAAACGAGGACAUCAGUGGGGAAUGUUGUUCCUGUCCAAAAACUGACUCUCAAAUACAGAAGGAGCAGGAAGAGUCUGCCUUCCGCAAAAUGUUUGAGAACUAUCUCCACAAUGAGGUGUUUGUCCCCAGAAAAAUAACAUCAGGGAAUGGAACUGAGGACUCUAGGCCAUCACGAAAACGAAGAGAUCUUGGCAGUGUGGCUAAUGCCACUGUGGUGGUACCCACCAUCCCAUCUUCGCUGAAUACCUCCUCUGCAAUAGCACCUGAAAAUGCAGAGGAACAGAAACCUUUUGAGAGAGUUAAGUCUAAGGAGUCCUUGGUUAUCUCAGGUCUGCGGCAUUUUACAGGGUAUCGCAUUGAGCUCCAUGCUUGUAAUCAUGAUGCCCAAGAAUCCCGGUGCAGUGUCGCAGCAUAUGUUAGUGCCAGAACCAUGCCAGAAGCAAAGGCGGAUGACAUCGCUGGUCCAGUUACCCAUGAGCUGGUCGAAAAAAAUGCUGUUCAUUUGAAGUGGCAGGAGCCGAAGGAGCCGAAUGGGCUAAUUGUGCUGUACGAAGUGAAUUAUGGGCGUCUUGGGGAGCCAGAGGAGGCACACUACUGCGUUUCUCGUAAGCAGUUUGCUAAUGAACAGGGCUGUAAGUUACGUGGACUACAGCCUGGAAACUACAGCGUCCGAAUCCGAGCCACCUCGCUGGCAGGAAAUGGGUCGUGGACAGAGCCCACAUAUUUCUAUGUGGCUGAUUAUUUGAACCCUCAGUCUAAUAUUGCUGUUGUUGUUGUCCCAAUCAUUUUUUCCAUAAUAAUUGCUGGAAUUAUUGGAGCUGCCUACGUAUUUGUGAAAAAGAGACAAACUGAAGGACCAACGGGGCCACUGUAUGCAUCCUCUAACCCGGAGUACCUGAGUGCCAGUGAUGUUUAUGUGCCCGAUGAAUGGGAAGUCCCACGAGACAAGAUUAACCUUCUCAGAGAGCUCGGGCAAGGCUCCUUUGGGAUGGUGUAUGAUGGGAUAGCCAAAGACAUAGUGAAAGGGGAGCCAGAGACUCGGGUAGCUGUGAAAACCGUUAACGAAUCUGCCAGCCUCCGGGAGCGCAUUGAGUUUCUGAAUGAAGCUUCUGUAAUGAAAGGGUUCAGCUGCCAUCACGUGGUUCGCCUCCUAGGGGUGGUCUCAAAAGGACAACCCACACUGGUUGUCAUGGAACUGAUGGCACAUGGAGAUCUGAAAAGUUACCUUCGCUCCCUGAGACCUGAUGCUGAGAAUAACCCUGGCCGUCCGCCACCCACUCUCAGAGAGAUGAUCCAGAUGGCUGCAGAGAUUGCAGAUGGUAUGGCUUACCUGAAUGCCAAAAAGUUUGUCCACAGAGACCUUGCAGCCCGUAACUGUAUGGUUGCAGAAGAUUUUACUGUAAAAAUUGGAGAUUUUGGCAUGACCAGAGAUAUCUAUGAGACCGACUAUUACCGUAAAGGAGGCAAAGGGCUGCUGCCUGUGAGGUGGAUGGCACCCGAAUCUCUAAAGGAUGGUGUCUUUACUGCUUACUCAGAUGUGUGGUCAUUUGGAGUUGUCCUUUGGGAGAUAAGUAGUUUGGCGGAGCAGCCAUACCAGGGACUCUCUAACGAACAGGUGCUAAAAUUUGUAAUGGAUGGCGGAUACCUGGAUCAGCCAGACAACUGUCCAGAGAGACUGCAUAGCCUGAUGCAGAUGUGCUGGCAGUACAACCCCAAAAUGCGCCCUACCUUCAUCGAGAUCAUCGAGAUGCUGAAGGAGGACUUGCACCCCAGCUUCCAGGAGGUCUCAUUCUUUUACAGUGAAGAAAACAAACCUCCUGAGACAGAGGAGUUCGAGAUGGACUUUGAGAACAUGGAGAGCAUACCCCUUGACCCUUCCUCCUAUUCGCAGAGGGACAAAGUCCUGGGGCGGGACAAUGGGCCCUCCAUGGGCCUCAAGGGGAACUAUGAAGAGCAUAUACCUUACACUCACAUGAACGGUGGCAAGAAAAACGGGCGGAUUCUGUCGAUGCCUAGGUCGAGCCCUUCCUAACACCACCUGUUUGGCCCAAGAGUUGUGUCUUUGCUUUUCCCCUCCGUGAAUCUCAGGACUCUUGUUGUUGCUGCCACAGCGUAUGACAUACAACUACAAACUCUCUGUUCAAAUUUUUAAUCAUCUUAUGAUUAACAGACUUUUUUUGACAAGUUAAGUGGUUGUCAAUGGACUUAUCUGUGAACAUAAAUGGAAAAGGUUUCCAUGGUGGCUGUCCCUUCUGUAGCCAUGGUUCAAAACAGGAACUAACCUUGUAAAUUAGGUUGAAAGAAGAGAAUCCACAUUUGCCAACAAAGGAAAUGAAAAUCGAUGCUGUCUGAGCUACAUUAUAAAAGUGCAGAGCAAAACUUCUGCAGGACAUAAAUGUUCUCAGUAGAAUUCCAAGCUUUAUGGCAUCCUCUUCAGAAGUGUUUUUCACUACAGCCGAAGGAUUUUAACACCCAUUAAUUGGACACGCCAUUUCCUCAGAUUGACCAAUAGCUGCUGCUUUCAUACUUUUUUAAUGAGUUAAAUCCGAGUGUGUGUGUGUGUGUGUGUGUGUGUGUGCGCGUGCGUGCGCAGUAUAUAUACAUGGGGUGUGUAUAUAUAUACAGAUAUACACUUCUUUUGUACAUACGUUUUGUAUGUUCUCACAGAAGCUUUCCUCUUCUUGGAAGUGUGUACUUCUCUCUUUCCCAGUUUCCUGGAGUGAUUGAACCCUAAACAGAUUAUUUUUGUACUAAGGACUCUUGGGAGUAGUUUUCUCUCAUUAGCAUAUGAGGAAAAAUAUGCUAGGAGCCAAAGGAGUAGAUUUGUGAUCUUGUGAUUUGUGAUCUGAGAUUUGUGGCUACUUUCAAGACCAAACAAAACAGAAACCCCUGACUGGAUAUCAAGCUUUCUGUCCUUAUAGCAUUGAGUAUAUAUAUUGUUUGUUGUAACAUAUUUAAAGUGUUUUUAGUUUUAAAUGUUAACUACCAUAUAAAUUAUUGAGUGUUUAUGAUUCUUUUUUGGGGGAGGGGAUUGGGGAGUUUGUUUGGUCUUAAAGUGGUCCAUGGAUUUCAGAAUGAACUUUAUUUUAGCUGAUUACCCUCUUAGGAACUAUGAAGCACAUGUUAAGUUUGUACUUGACAAGGCUUCAAAAUAUGGUUUCAUGAUUUAUAUCACACAGUCAGCCGGCUCCAGCUAAAGCCCCAAGAUAAAAUAGUUUGGACUUGAGUUGGUUGGCGGGGGCUGACAGACAAAGCAUUGCCCCAGCCUUCCGUCGCUCUGCCACUUCACUUUCUUUCCCUUCCGUGUGCACUUUUCCACAGACAUUGGAGAAAACGGCGCCAGGUGAAAGAGCAAAAUCUCUAACAGAACAACAGACACUAACCCAACUCAGAGCGGGGAUGCCUGGCUCCAAGAGUGGAGCCAAAGCUGAACGUGCCUGUGAUGAGCUAGUCUGUGCCUGUCUGCAGCCUGCGCGGGCAUUUGGCCUGGCAGAAGAAGUGGGAUUUUGGCAUUUUGCUGAGAUACCUGCAUCAUGCCCCAUGGAUAGUUACAGGGCCAUUUUGUUCUUAGCCAGCGCCUCCAGCUCUUCAGGAUGCUAACUUCUGUGUUUUGGGCUGGGCUUUGUUUGGCUGCUGUUUUGCAUAAAAGGCAAAGCUGUUUAGCUUAGGGUGUUAGAAAAGCAUCAUGAAACUACAUGUCUCCUACAGUGAUGAAAGGAUGUACUGUCAGGGAAAGGGGCUGAAGCAGAGGGGAGUGAAUGUACUAAUAGGCUUGAAAGAAGCAAACCCCUGGAUGUUGCAGGCCAUUGUAAUGCAGGUAAUGGUUUCAAAGGGAGACAGAAGGUGAAAAUCAGCAGCUUUUCUUUGUGGACAGCUCAGGGAGCCACGACUAACACAGUGACUCCGUGAGUUCCCUGUGCUGGGAGUAAAUGGUUCAGUCCUGGCUCAUCUGGGUGGGGCACUAAGCGUGUAGAUGUGUGGCUUGUUGCUCCAGACCAUGUGCGGCUGCUUCGUCCUUCCCACAAUUGAAAGACCAAUCACUGAAAAUAAAAUAAGGGUUGGUGCUAAUAGGGAGCACAUCACUGAUCCCUCCCUGCUAACCCAAAACUACAGACACCUGGUGGUAGGCACCUAGAUAAAGGAUUAUGGACUUUCUGCACCUCCUGAAAGGAACAGCACCCCCUUAUGUCUGUAAGGCCUGACUCAGUUGGGACAAAGGGAGAAGGUACAAAAAGAUUGUUCACAAAAUUAGAUGCAAAAUGUAUUGUGUAAAUACGAGGCCAGAACUUUACAGUUCGAAAGGCCUAGCUUGCAUUCUUGUGCUUUACAAAAUAGUAACUAUUUAGCAGCUCUACGCUACACUGCAGGGAAGAAGUAUUCACACACUUUUCUAAUUGAGAGAGGUUUUCUUAUUAGGAAAAUUUUUAUUUAUUUUAAUAUAAAAUCUCUGUAAAAACCAUUUUCUUUCUUAAAACAUACAAAACGUGUACAUUUUUAUCUUUGAAAACUAGGCAGGAGGGUGUGGUGGGGUGUUGUUUUUUUUGUUCUGUUCUGGCACAGUCUACCUCAGUGUCCCAUAAGGCUAUUUUUAAUAUUGUGCAUCUCUAGACUUGAUGAAAUAUUCUGGUCUGGACCUAUUAUGAAUUGGGGAAAAUCAAUAUCAGCUGAUUCCAAUACGAGGGACCAUUCACCGGCGGGAUGGGAGAACAGCUAAUCAUUAUUUAUCACUUAACUUAAGCAGUAACGACCAAAACCCUAUUUGUGGCUCCAAGUACAGUACACAAUGGCCAAAUUUGACUGAUGCAAUCCUCUUAGUUCUGCUAUGAUCAGGAAAAUAUCCUGAUAUGGACAAAAUAGUAAUUUCCAAGGCUAAAUAUUUUAAGUAUUUGGACGUUCUUCCUGAUGCAAUGCCCUGAUAUAGAAUAAAUGGCCUUUGUUUGGAAUAACACGUGACCAGUGUGGACCAGAUAAUCAACAGUGCGUAAUAGAUCUAGUUUGAGUUGGACAGCUUGGAUCACGUCCAUGUUCUUAAUUUAUACCAGUGUGAAUCUGGAGUAAACGAUAACGAGAUGUGACCCCUAAAGUACAACUUUCUCACCAUACUGUUGCUUUAGGAACAUUGCAGAAUUGAAGUGAUUGACUCUAGCUAUUAUUGGCACUGUAGAAGACCUUAUAUGUACAAAAUAUUGGAACCCCGUAUUGGGUUUGGCUAGCUUUAGUUGAUAUUGGUUGGCCCUGUGUAGUGCACAUGACUUGCAGUGUCCAGCUCUUUGAAGAAGGCAGGGAAUAUAUACUGUGUUUUGUGGUCCAGGCAGUCAUUCACGUGGCAUAAAUACAUGUUCCUCACAUGGGUUACUUCAGACUUCUUUUCUCUCUCUCUCUUUCUCUUUCUCUCUCUGCAUGCGUGUGUGUGGGUGCGGGGGUGGGUGUUGAAAUCUAGUUCCUUUUUUUAAAAAUCAGCUGUUACAGCACUUAGCGUUUAAAGCUGAUGCUUGCUUUCCUGUAGAGGUGAGAAGCACAAUUGAAAAUGCUCUGCUAAAGCCCAGCCUUUGCUUUGGAGAAUCUUCAUUUUUAGCCCGCAGUUGACAUUGUGGUCCAUACUGUUGAAAUUAACGUUAUCCUGAAGCGUGUUGGGGCUCAGAAGGACCCUGGCACUGUGCCUUGCUGGGAACUACUCCUGUAACACCAGCCAAGAGGCAGCAGGGCCCAUGCAUGAAUAUAGUUGAUGAGAUCUGUGUGUGGUGGACGAAAGGUUCUAGUUUUGAGCUGUUUCUACUAACUCAUUUGCAGAAAGGGCGUUAGCAAUAAUUGGCUUGUUCCUGGUCCCUGCGGAGCUGUUGUUUUCAUGAACUUAACAGAUUCAUAUGGGAGCUGAAAAUACUGUUACUGUAACAGAAGCACAGGCAGACGCUGAGGGAGAAAUCCUGCCCUUUGCGAGAGGCGAGGAGGAGAACAAUUGUCCAGGACCCAACGUGGAAUGGCUCAGACUGAGCAGUUGCAACACGCUACUGAGAAGCCCUCUUUCUCCUUGUCCAGAGCAUGUCUCUCUGGCUAUCAUUGGUACCGGUGACCACAGUAGAUGUCAGGAUGGGCCCCCUUCUUAACAUUCACCUGAGAACCCGUCCUGCUGCCUUGUGAUGCAGGUAGGAAGUUCUCCACAUCCCCCACUGCAAAAGGCGUCCAGCCCCACAGUGUAACACUAUUUCUAAAGCUAGCAAAGCAGAAGAGAUGAGCAGUGAGUCCUUGUGCACUGCUGUCUUUCUGUAAUGCAAACGUUAAAGCAUGAGAACAGACCGGUUUCUCAGAAACAUUUGCACGUUAAAUUCAGUUGCCACUUCCUGAAUGCCUCUUGCGAGGCUGGUGGUACUUCACUUGCAAUACAGCACACCUUGCACUGCAAAACCUAUCGGCUAGGUUCAAAAAUGUCUGUUGUGGCUGCUUGUAAAUAUUCUAUCGUUGUAAAACAGAAGAGCUGAUUAUCGUAAACUAACUGUGCCGGCAGUUAUUAGGUUAGAUAUGUGACAUGAAAUAGACCAAGCUGCAACUUCACGAUCUUUCUUACGUUGAGUAGGAAAGCAGCUACAUCAGAUGGAAAAAGGCUGCUGUCAGGUUGCUAAAGGGUACUUUGGAUUAUGGGUUGUAUAUCUGUUUCCUGUCAAAUUUGUAUUGUAAUAAUGGGACACUUUUGCUUAAUUUUUAGUAUGUUGCAUAUGAUGAUGGUUUCUCUUUGGAAAAUCUCAAAGUUGCUUCCCGUGCUAUUUACCUAGAAUAUGAUGGAGGAGGAGGACAGGAGUGAGGUAGAUACUGUGCCAAUUAUCCUUGAGCCUCAUUUUCUUGGGGGAAGGGGAGAGGAGAGCAAAUUCCCUCUUGAAUGUCACUGUGCUAUGAAGAAGGGGCCUUGAGGAGCACUAACCCUUCACUACAGAGCUGGUGCCUCCAGAUAUUACUGAGACUAUAUGCUUGUUUUACAAGUUAGAAAUCAAACCAAAAUUUUUUGUGCCAUAAAUGUUUGCUAAAGAGGCUCAUGCUGGGGCCCCAUCAAUCCACGUGAGAUGGGUUCCGAGGCUCUGCUCUGGCAUCUUGAAUAAUACCAGAGGAAGCAAGAAAACUGCAGGAGAACCUUUGAUCCUCUUUAUUUCCUAGCCUGCCUCAAAAGCCACCUGACUAAACUUCUCUUGGAACUUCUUUUUUACUUGGAGACUAGGUGGGCAUGUUUUAUGUCACAAGCUAAUUGCCUUUGAAAGCACAGCUGGUGCCUAUCAGUUUCCUAGGAGUAGUGUCCAGGGAAAGGAGCUGUUGAAUGAAUUGGAAUCGAGGAAUAGUAACGUCAGAAAUACAUAAAGUCUCUGAGAUAAGAUUAGUUGUUGUUUCUAUGAACUUAAUAAAAAGGCCAAUUUUAAUUUAUCUUCUGCUUGGCUCGAUGUUAACUCUGCUUGCAUACUGUACACAAAUGUUGAUGUAAGAGCAUUAACAUGCCUCAGCCUGUUCUGUUUUGGCUUGCCUUGUUACGAAUAUCAUAAGAAUGAGGCCAACAGUAAUUUUUCCCUUUGGAAGAAUUUGAAUAUUUGAAGGCAGUUUUAAAACUUCUGUUUUUAUAAAAACAACUGCUGCCAUGAAAUAUGUCCUUUAAAAACAAAAAAAACAACCAUUCGUGUCCUUCCAGAAGAUAAGCACUUAUUCUUGCAGUUUAACAAAUGUACUGCACCACAAAGCAAGCUAUAAGAGUACAGGUGGAGAAGUGGUGAUUUUUAUAUUGUAUAAUAAAGUUAGUAUUAAUUUUUACAGUGUUACUCUUUCUUUUGUCAAAGUAGUUGCAGUCAGCAAGAAAGAACGUUCCUGAAAGUCUUUUUUGUUCUUAACUCCCUAAAUUGUCCAAAAGCCUAGUAAAUGAUUCAUUUCACUCACUCUAGAAAAUCAUGAUUGAUGGACGCUUUGGCCCAGACUGAACUACAUGCCUAACUCUUCAAAGUACUUGAGUAAAUCUCAGUGACUUAAAUUACGGCAUGUGCUUGAGCAAUUAGCUGAAUUAGGGCCAGUAUUAACACCCUGCAAAGUAUAUUCUCUGUUUAGCUCUGGCUUUGUGUUACAAUGAAUAGAAAAAUCUAGGUUGAAUGGGGAAAUACUGACUCAAGUAGAAAGUCCUUGCAUUUCUCUGAUGUACUAUCCCCCUCAUUACCAAAGCACUCUUAUUUAAUUUAAAUUCUCCCAGCAGCACCCAAUAACCGUUCAACACACAUUACUGAAUAUUUAUCCUACCCCACUCCAAAAGUUGGAUUUUUAGGGAGGCCACUUUUGACUUUGGAAGGUUGAAUUAAAAUUUUAAAAUCCUACUUAAAAUUAAAAGCUUUUACCUUUAGCUUUAUGUGGGGUGCAGAAUACACUUGUUCAAAUAUCAAAACAGUAGUUUGUGUUUGAGGAACUAUGCAGAUGUGGGUGCUGGUCAUCAGCUUUAUCAAACUCAGCCAGAAGUGAGUAUUGUUCUGCUUGUACCUUAAAUAAACUGAAGGCAAAUUCAGUUAAAUGUUAGGUGAAGUUCUGUGAAGUCUUUAUAUUUUCUGUGUUUAAUCUUGCUGCUCCUGCCUUCCUUUCUGCACACAGAAGGUCCCAGAAUGCUGAUAGUCUUGCAGAUACCUCUUUUUUGAAAUAAAGUAAAGGAUCAAAAUGUGCCAUGGUUUAAAAAUAAAUAAAUAAUAAAUAAAAAAAAGCUUGAUUUAUUUUUUCAAUGUUUUCAUAUAAGAGCCAAGCAGUGACAAGUAUAAAAAAUACCGUUGAAUAUUAAAAAUCUUGCUGUGUGUAAAAUAUUGAACAAUUAACUGUUUAUAUUAAAAUUCUGAAUAAAUUAUCCCAGAAUAACUCUGGUAA